AUGCAAGUCAUCUUCAAAGAUUUCAAAAAGGAAAAAAUUCCAAUUGAAUUGGAACCUACAGAAACAGUUUUACAAGCAAAAGAAAAGCUUGCACAAGUAAAAGGUGUCGAAGUCAAACAAUUGAAAUUUGUCUAUUCAGGUAAAGUUUUACAAGAUGAUAAAACCAUUGAAAGUACAAAGAUCAAAGCUGAUGAUCAAGUCAUCUUCAUGAUUUCAAAAGUUGCUGCUAAAAAACCAACACCAGCUGCUUCAACACCAACACCAGCACCAGCCGCUCAACCUACACAACCAACUGCUCAAUCAGCACCAGUUCAACCAUCUACCAGAACCGUUCCAGCACCAGCACCAUCAUCUCAAUCAGCUCAACCAACUCCAUCUCAACAACCUGAACAAGCUGGUGAUUUUGAUGCAUCAACAUUUGCCACAGGUUCAGCAAGAGAAAAAGCCAUUGCAAACAUUAUGGAAAUGGGUUAUGAGAGACCACAAGUUGAACAAGCAUUGAGAGCUGCUUUUAACAAUCCAGAUCGUGCUGUUGAAUAUUUAUUAACUGGUAUUCCAGAACAAUUUCAACAACAAGCUCAACAAUCACAACCACAACCACCAACUGCUGUAGAAGAAUCUGGUGAACAAACAGAAGGAUCAAAUACAGGUGCUACUGCUACUCAACCAUCAGCUCCUUCUGGAACUGAAGAACAUUCAACUGCUGAAAGUGGUGAUUUAUUCGCUGCUGCCGCUGCUGCUGCAGGUGGUAAUCCAGGUUCAGGUUCUUCCCCAGGUGCUUCACAUAGAACUGGAGGUGCACCAAGUGGUGGAGGAUUAGAUCAAAUUAGAGAAAUUGUUCGUACAAAUCCAGAAAUGUUGGAACCAUUAUUAGAACAAUUAUCACAACAAUAUCCUCAAUUAAAUGGAUUAAUUCAACAAAAUCCAGAAGAAUUUAUUAAUAUGAUUUUAAAUGGAGUUAAUGAAGACGAACUUUCUGGUGAAGGUUUAGGCACUGAAGUUGCCCCACAAGCUGGUGAAGAUGGAACAGUUGAAGUUCCAAUCACUGAAGAAGAUCAAGCUGCUAUAAAUAGAUUAGUUGAAUUAGGAUUUGAAUCAAAUUUAGCUAUUCAAGUUUAUUUUGCUUGUGAUAAAAAUGAAGAAUUAGCUGCUAAUAUUUUAUUCAAUGAUCAUGCUGAUCAAUAA